AUGGAUGGGAUACAUCCUACAUAUCCCCCAAACACUGAGAAGGACAGAACAAAUCUCAUGAUGGGCAUCUCCGCAGCCAUGACAUGUGUUGGAGUAUCAUGUGUAGCUCUCCGCGUGUAUAUGCGUGUCUUUAUUGUUCGGAAAAUGGGUCCAGAAGACUGGACCAUGGUUCUAGCAACAUUUCUAACAGUCAUGUAUCUACUCGAAGUGAUUGGCGGCGUCAAGGAGUUGAACCUGGGCUUUGGCGUCAUGUCCAUGUCCUCGCAACAGACGACGAGCAAUACAAAACUCAUUCUUGCCAUGGUUGUAGAAUACAACUUGAUUGUAACUCUGAUCAAGGCUUCGGUUCUCAUGGUCUACCUCAGACUAGCUUACAGCAAAAAGUUUGAGCGUCUGUGCAAAAACACCAUAGCUCUUCUUGCUGUAUACCAAGUCGUCUUCUUGAUUGUAAUCGCAGUGCAGUGCAUACCGCUGUAUAAGCUGUGGGAUUUCUCUGGCAAAGUCACGGGUCAAUGCAUCAACAUGAAUGUCUUUUAUCAUGCGACCUCGAUUUUCCACAUACUCAUGGAUGUCUGGAUUCUACUCCUGCCAAUCCGACUCAUCACGCUCAUCCCACGGAGACCCCGCGAGAAGUUUGCGCUAUACGUUAAUGUUGGGCUUGGAGUUAUCAGCAUGGCCGCUUCUAUCAUCAGACUGGUAUUCCUACACAUUUUUACCCUCUCUAACGACCCCUUCUACGACUCUGUGCCUGUGAUUACAUGGUCCAUGGUCGAAGUCAACGUGGGCGUCUUGUGCGCCACUAUACCCAUAAUGAAGCCUUUGUUGUACAGAGCACGAAAUUAUCAGUCAAGAAGCGUGCUUGGCAUGCCGGCCGUGAAUACGGACGAGAACACGAUAAACGGGACGAGCAGAACGAGCCCAGAGAUCAAAGAAGCAAAGGCACAGGGGAGAGAGUCUGUGUCGAGUAAUAUGCCGCCGCCAGUACCCCCGAAGGACCAUCAGUAUGUUUAUCCGCCUACUGCUCCGCCUCAACACCAAGAACUAUCGCGCGCUGAAGACGCCGAGAUAUAA